AUGGCUAUAACCUUUAGUGAUGAUGAAAUUUCUGAUCAUGAGUCUGGUAGUGAUGAAGAUGGAAACUUCAUUGCUUUCACAACUACUGUUGUAGUUGAUGAAAGUGCUGUGGAUGCAAUGAGUGUAGACUUAGGUUUAAAGAAGAUUGUCUCCCUUGAACUUGAAAAGAAAAACUUGUUGCUGAAAUUGCUUGAUGCUAAUAAUUUGAUUGAUAAGGCAAUGCAUGGACAAAUUCUAUUGGAUGUGCUCAAUGAGGUUGCGGCCUUACGAGUAGAUUUGGCGCAUGCUAGAGGUUCUACUCCACAAGCUCCACCCUCUGAUGAGUCAUGGCUGCCCUUUGCGACUAAGCAUGUCCGGGUGGCACUAGUGAUGGAAGAGAAGAAGAAGUGGAGGCACCUAGGUGGCACCAGUGAUGGAAGAGAGGAAGAAGCGGGGAUGCCAAAUCCCCGUACCAGCUCUGACUGCAAUCGAGCAGGCCUUUUGGUUACAGCUCAUAAUGUCCCCCAAGCACAAUUAAUACCAUACUACGGUCAGCAUCUCAUGAAGGCCUCAAUUGGCACGCCACCAGUAGACAUCUACGGCAUUAUCGAUACAGCUAGUGACCUUGUGUGGACACAAUGUGUACCUUGUGAUGUCUGCUUUAAACAGAUUCAUCCCAAGUUCGAACCUAAAAGGUCCAGCACAUACAGUGAAAUUUCUUGUCAUUCAAAUAAAUGUCAAGAAUGGGACCAUGUCCAUUGUUCCCCUCAAAAUAGUUGCAAUUACGUCAGUGGAUAUGCAAGUGGUUUAUCCAAAGGUGUUUUGGCCAAAGAAAAAAUCACCAUCACUUCUACCUCUGGGCAAGCAGUUUCCUUUGAUAUUGCUUUCGGAUGUGCACACAACAAUACCAUAAAUUACAAUGACCACACAACGGGACUUAUUGCGUUAGGAUUAGGGCCUUUGUCCUUUCCUUCACAAAUUGGUAGCAAGAGGUUUUCUUAUUGCUUGUUGCCAUAUGGUACUGAAUAUACUGAUCCUAGUAUUACAGGCAAGAUAAGUUUUGGCAAUGGUAGUGAAGUUGUGGGUGAUGGUGUGGUUUCAACACCAUUUGUAGCUGUGGGAAAUCAAUAUUAUGUGACACUAGAAGGAAUUAGUGUUGGAGACACAUAUGUGCCCUUUAACUCUUCAGGUAAGGUUUCUAAGGGCAACGUUUGUAUCGAUUCAGGAUCACCACCAUUGGCUUUGCCACCAUAUUUUUAUAAUCGCUUAGAGGUGGAAGUGAAGAAGCAGAUUUCAAUUGAUCCCAUUAAAAAUGAAACUCUAACAGGGACACGGCUUUGCUAUAGAACUGAAAUUACUAACGAAAAUGGACCAAAAUUGACUGUCCAUUUUGAAGGUGCAGAUGUGGAGUUAAAGCCUACACUAACUUUCAAUCGACCGGUUCAUGCAUAUGAUAUUUACUGCUUUGCAAUUACUAAUACUGCAAAUACUGCACUGGCAUAUUUUGGUGACAAAGGAUUAUAUGGCAACUAUGUUCAAGCAAAUUUGUUGAUUGGGUUUGACUUGGAAACAAGGAUGGUCUCGUUCAAGCCGACUGAUUGCACUAAACUGUAG